AUGAAUGGAACUUGCUGUCUCAUCAAAGCGGACACCAUCGCCCAGGUGAUGCCUCCCCUGCUGGUCCUGGCAUUCGUGCUCGGAGCCUUGGGCAAUGGCCUGGCUCUGUGUGGCUUCUGCUUUCAUAUGAAGUCAUGGAAACCAAGCACCAUCUACCUUUUCAACUUGGCUGUGGCAGACUUCCUUCUGAUGAUAUGUCUUCCCUUUCGGACUGAUUACUACCGGAAAAAUCGGAAUUGGGUUUUUGAAGACAUCCCUUGCCGAGUGGUACUGUUCAUGCUGGCCACCAACCGAGCUGGGAGCAUUGUAUUUCUCACAGUAGUAGCUGUGGAUCGUUACUUCAAGGUGGUGCACCCCCAUCACACCUUGAACACCAUCUCCAACAGGACAGCAGCUUGCAUCACCUGUGCCCUGUGGGCCAUGGUCAUUAUGGGAACUCUGUUUCUGCUGACUGAGAGCCACCUGUGCAUGCAGGGCAGCACAGUGUCUUGUGAGAGCUUCAUUAUGGAGUCUGCCAAUGGCUGGCAUGACAUCAUGUUCCAGCUGGAGUUCUUCCUGCCCCUGGGUAUCAUCUCCUUCUGUUCCUUCAACAUCAUUGGGAGCCUGAGGCAGAGGCAGCAGCUAACCAGGCAAACCCGGAUAAAAAAGGCCACUCGGUUCAUCAUUGUAGUGGCUGCUGUGUUUGUCAUAUGCUACCUGCCCAGUGUCUCAGCCAGACUGUACUUUCUCUGGACUGUCCCACUAAGUGCUUGUGAUAGGUCUGUGCACGUGGCCCUUCACAUCACCCUCAGCUUCACUUAUAUGAACAGCAUGCUGGACCCCUUGGUGUACUAUUUUUCAAGCCCAUCCUUCCCAAAAGUCUAUACCAAGUUGAAGAUCUCGGGCCUGAGACCCAAGCGCCCAGGAGAAUCCAAGACACAGAAUCCAGAAGGAAUGUCAGCAUCAAAACCCUGCCCAAAGAGCAGUAUUGGUAUGGAAAACAGCUCCAGAAGCCAUUCAGAUGCUCAGCGGGACCUCCAAACAUUCUGA